GGCAAACAGGUUAUAAAGACUCACUCAUUCCAUCUCCAUUUCGUGUGGUUCCCUUCAUCAUCUUACUAUCCUCUCCAUCAUCAUCAUCAUCUAAAAACUACAGUUUAUUCAUCCUAUUAACUUCUAUAACAAUGGUCUAUCAAUGGGAAGCCUGGACUCAGUACGGCACUGAUGCUGUAGUCGACUAUGAAGGUCACCUUUACAAAAUCAUUCAACCUCAUCGUUCUGAGCCUAAUUGGCAACCUACCGUGACACCAGCACUCUGGGCCAGAUUACCAGAAGAGGCUCAUGGUGAAUAUCGAUCGGGUGAAAAGCAUCAUGGAGUCGAAGAACAUCAUCGUCAAGGUCAAAGUUUCGUUGAUCAAUCUGGUGGCCCCUCUGGUGGUUAUGAAGACAGACCACAACCUGGUGGCUGGGGUCAUGACGAACACAAGGACGAACGCUACAAUGAGCAAAACAAUGAGCAAAAGGAACAUGAUUGGUUGGAUGAGAAAAAGAAACAUCAAAUGGAGAUUGGUGGCGGGAUUUUAGGUGCACUAGCCAUCGGAGGAGGAGUUUACGCCUACAGCCAACAUAAGAGCAAGGCUAAAGAAGAGGCCAAAAAACAAGCCUGGCAGAACGAGGCCAGUCAGGAGAAAUGGCUCCAGGGUGCCAAUGCCCAUAGCGACCAUUAUCGACGUGGUGGCCAAAGUCCGCCUGUUUACUGGCUCUUGGUUGAUAGGCAAGAACCGAUUCCAAACAACGCCAUUGAAGGUGGUCGCGAAGCAGGUCAUCCACUUUACAUUGGCCGUGUGUAUUACAAAUCAGGUCUUCACGUCGGUAAAGUGUCUCAAAGAUUAGGAGGCUGUGUUAUUGGUUGGGGAGGUAAAGAGCACAAUGACUUUGACAAGUUUGAGGUUUUAGUGGGUGACAGACACGGUGUUAAGUGGGUCAACCACACUGAACACUCUGGUAACAUUCAAGUUCAAGGAUGGCAACCUGUCGAAGGAGGUAAAGAAUCAGAUGGAAGGUUUCUUUUUGUUUGUCAAGUAAAACAUGAAGGAGGUGUACAUCCUGCUAAAGCGCAAGAUGGUACAGACUUUUGUAUCUUUACCUAUGGAGGCAAGGAAGAAACCAAGAAAGAAUUCAAUAUUCUUGCAUACGCCUAAAAUAUCAAACGAUAUGAAGAAGUUUGUCAAACUCAAGAUCCCAAAAGAAAACGAAAAAACUUACUAGACGAAGAGGUCGGUGAGGUAUCUCAGAAAGAAGAUUUUGCUCAAUUUAAGAGUCGUAGUUAGCAGAUUGUAAACCAGAAUUGCCUAUAUUUUUCAGAUGUGUAACUCUGCUCAGUAGUUUCUAUGUAGCAGUUCGUAUGCAAUGCAUUGUCAUUGUGGUCAUCUCACCUAUCCAUUG